UGCAGCCGGUAUAAUACAUUUCUCGCGAAUCAUUUUUCAAAUAUAUGCAAUAUAUUCCUGUAAUUUUUAAAGUACGUGUCAAGUGUUUUUAUCAUAUUCCACAAUGGAUGAUUUAAAGGAUACUCUCACGUUUAGAGUAGAAAACAAUGUUUUAAUCGGCGAGGAAAUAUCGAUUCGCAAGGAAUGCACGAAUGUCGGAACAUUAGUGUUAAAGAAGCUGCGAAGCAACCCAAAGUUCGUUGCGCAGGUGGAGGCGGUUACGGGCACAGAGACCACUUUCGCGGAAAUGACGGAGAAAAGCGUGAAAUGUGCGCUAUGGUUGAGAGAGCAGGGCGUUCAACCGGGCGACGUAAUCGGCAUUUGCACUCACAAUCACUUGGAGUCAUACGUACCGCUGCUGGCGGCACUCUACGUCGGCGCCAUUAGCAACCCGUGGGACAACGAACUUUCCCCAACGACCGCGCGUUACUUCCUCUCACUGACGAAACCGAAGAUAGUAUUCGUGAACAUCGAAUCGGUCAAAUGCCUGGCGCAGGUCAUCAAGGAAGACAAGCUAAACACUGGGCUAGUGGUAUUCGGCGAAUUGGCGGAAUUCGAGAGCGCGUCCCUGACGAGCAUCCUGCGGUCCCGGGACGCCGCGGCGAUCGACAAAUUCGAAUGCGCGGAGCUGACGAGCCCGGAUCAGGUCGCCACGAUCGUUUGCUCGUCCGGCACCAGCGGCCUUCCGAAAGGCACUGAGAUCAGUCAUGCAUCCAUGAUUAAUUACAUGAAUCAUGUCCGAAUCCACGAUCUCAGAGGACACGUAUCCAUGUGGACGCCUUCCAUGCGUUGGUACUGCGGCCUGUUCAUCGUCAUUAAAGCUAUCCUGGAUUGUUCGAAAAGGAUUAUAGUCCCGGAUUGCGAUGACGACGACGAGCUGUGCUACUUCAUUGAGAAGUACAAGGUAUCCUGGUUCAGAUGCGAUUCCUGCUUCCCCAUUCGGCUAGUAAAGUUUGCCGUAUUAAGCAAGUACCGACUACCAACAUUGGAAAUCCUUUUGUUUGGCGGCGCACAUUUCCGAGGGGAGUUGCAGCAGACUUUGAGGAAACUUUUGCCGCACACAAGUGUCAUACUGAGUUACGGAAUGACGGAUUACGGUGGAUUAUGCGCCCGUCAGACGAAAUACAGUAAACCAGGCAGCUGUGGAUUUGUGUGCGAAACAGGACGGCUGAAAGUGGUCGAUUCUAACACGGGGAAGGUCUUGGGGGCCAACAAAACCGGAGAAAUAUGGGCUAAAUCGUCGUACAUGAUGAAUGGAUACUACAACAAUCCUGAAGCCACGAAGAACGCUAUCGAUUCGGACGGAUGGUUACAUACCGGCGAUCUCGGUUACUACGACGACGACGGUGAAAUCUUCCUCGUCGACAGAUUGUCGGAAUUUAUUAAUUAUAGAGCCAUCAAAAUAUCGCCCGCGGAAAUCGAAGCUUUGAUUCAACAACAUCCCGCAGUCCUCGAAAUUGCCGUGGUGGGAGUACCGAAUGAUAUCGACGAGGAACACGUUAUGGCUUUUGUUGCUAAAGUACCCGGCAAAGAGAUGACGGAGCUCGACAUAACCAACUUGGUGGAGCAGAACAUGCCGUGGUACUGUAGGUUGCAUGCGGGAGUUAAAUUCAUGCAAAGACUUCCUCGCACGGCCACGGGGAAGAUCGCUAAGAAGGAGCUCAAACAGAUCGCUAAGAAAUUAUAUGGCGAAUUGGAAUGAUAGCAAAAAUAUCGGCGAUUACAUUCAAGUCACUGUUUCAUUGUUUUAGAAUUGAAUAUUUUCAGAUUUAAAAAUGAGUUUCCAAUAUUUCUAAUAAUUUUCUA